GUUGCGAUUCGGAAGUAUUGAGGGCGAGAAUCGGCAUCAUCUAAAUGCGCUAGGAGAACGGAGAAGUUUCCAAAGUCCACUGAGUUGUAAGCAACGGUGGAACCGAGAACAAGUCGCGCCGCGACGCUACUAUAUGUUGAACGAGGGUCUUGCUGUUGCGACGUCCAAUUCAUUCAGUAGGAUUACGGCGCUUCGUAGCUUCGCCGCGCAUUAGCAUACAACUUGCAAGGGAGUUAUAUACGAGUCUUCUAUCUAAUCGGCAUUUUCAUAGAUUACACCCCGGUAGGUAGCUAGAUAUUAGAGCCAACGUUUUUCUACCCUUCCCAUUCCUCACUUGCUCCAAUCUGUUUUUGCCAUCCCCUCUAUGACGCCAUGGCUGAAAUUAAAAUCAAGGAAGGCAAGGCGCCUUUCAAAAUCGCAUCAAUUGAUGAGUCAUGUUUCACUUAUUAUAAGAUCAUUGGUGAUCUUUCCAGCGGACUUCCUCCAGUUGUUGUAGCUCAUGGCGGACCUGGCGCUGGGCACGAGUAUCUCCUCACAUUCGCUGAUUUAUGGCGGAAUUACGGCCUCCCGGUCGUCUUCUACGAUCAAAUAGGCUGUGCUUCAUCCACACAUCUCCAGCACAAAGCUGGCGACCGGUCUUUCUGGCAGGAGCAAUUAUUCCAAGAUGAGUUGGAUAAUUUGAUAGAUCAUCUCGAGCUGCGCCGCGACCCCGGCUUUCACUUCCUCGGCCAGAGUUGGGGAGGUAUGCUUGGUGCAGCCUUUGCUGCCCGCCAGCCCCAGGGGCUCCGGAGACUGGUACUCGCUAGUGCGCUUGCGAAUAAGGAGCUUGCUACUCGCGGGACGAAGCUGUUGAGAGAACAGAUGCCACCAGAUAUGCGACAAGCACUUGAGGAGGCCGAGAAAAAGGCCGAAUAUGAGGGUCCUGCGUAUAAAGAGGCACUGGACUUUUACUUCAGGAAGCACGUGUGUCGCGCCGAGUCCUAUCCGCCGGUAGAUCUUCUGCCGGCUUUGAAGAACUUGAGUGAGGAUACAACGGUAUAUCGCACAAUGAACGGCCCCUCGCCCCUCACAGCAGACGGAACGUUAGACAAAUGGACUGUCAUUUCGCGCCUCCCAAAGAUUAACGUUCCGACGCUCGUCUACAACGGCGAGUUCGACACCUCACACGACAUCGCCCAAGUACCGUUUUUCGAGCUCAUUCCACGGGUUCGCUGGAUUACGUUUCCGAAUGGCGGCCAUAUGUGUCAUCUAGAAGAAGGGCUGCGAGAAAGGAUCUUGAAGGUCGUUGGCGAGUUUCUAACACAGAAGGAAGUUGUCGAUGUAUAGCAAGUUUCUUCAAGAAUUCGUCCGGUAGAACGGGGACAAUGACAAUAAAAGCACACUCUUCAUUAACAUGACCCGACCAUUACGGUCGCCAUUCCAUUCCGGGAAAGCCAAUGACCCAGAUGCUUGUAAGAUUAUCUAAAGCUAAAAAUUUAAGAUGUCAUCAUGACGAUGUGUACCUGAGUUAGUCAUAGAGCGAGUCAUGUCUAAAAUUCACCAUACCCAUAGCAACGCAUACUCAAAUACGGUUCCAGAUUGCCAAGAUUAACAUCAUUCCGUAUUCUGGCUGUAGCUGAAAAUGCCGGUGAUUCCAUGGGUUAUCAGGGUGGGAGACCAUCCUGGUUCGUCUGCUGAGGAGAUCGCCAAUGAACCCGACUGGGAUUCGCGCCAUCCUCAUCAUAUCGGCUUUAAAGACGAAAACCGCGUUGCCGGUAUUACUCAUAGGAACGAUGAUUACGACGAAGAAAUUAGCGAAGCCAAAGAGCAAUGGAAAGAGUUGAAGAAAGAAAAGAAGGAAGGUGAACUCUUGAACUUCAGGGAUAUCAUCACUCAUCAGAAGGUUGGCAAUCAUUCUAAUCGUCGUAAUCCUUGUUCUUCAAUUGAAU